AUGGUGACCUCCACAACUUCAACGGCUAGUGCGACGACCACCGCGUCUACAGACACUAUAACAACAGUUCCCAUGACAGGAAUCUUCACUCCACCGGCAUCAUGUUCAAGCUCGUGGACCUAUGAACCGGAAGGCGCAAAUGAUGUCGUGGGCGGUCUUUUAAUGCAGAAUUGCGUGUCUGCAGAUGGCGAUAACACCUCAUGCUGGCCAUCCGGUUUUGACAACUGGGGGAGAGCCAGCGCGUCGCAAGUUUUUAGCCCCGGCCACUGUCCCGUCGGCUAUACAUCCGCAGGUCUUUCUAUUGCCCAGUCCGUUACUGGUGCAGUCUGCUGUCUCUCUGAUUUUGACUAUACUGUGGUGGGAAGUUACCCCGGAUGUAUCAGUACAUUAGCAUCAACAAGUUCAAUGCUCGUGACGAUCCGCCAAGAGACCGGCGAUAGCACAGAAAUCACCGGACCAGUCACCAUGUGGGGUCAACCCAUAAGCAUUCUAUGGGAGAAGAAGGAUUUGAGCCUUUUCGUGUCCGCGACUACAACAUCGGCUUCAAGUACGGACUCAACAACGGCCUCCGGGACUACUGCGACCUCAUUAGCAACCGCUUCAGCUUCAACGGCAUCCGCAACCGCGACGGCAGGCUCCGAUAGCUCGUCUGGAGGAUCAUCUGGAGGGCUGUCGACAGGAGCUGGCAUCGGAAUUGGCGUGGGUGUGGGCGUGGCCGGAGUGGCUGGCCUUGCCGCGCUAGCCCUUUGGUUCUUCAUGCGCAAGAAGCGCAAUCAAAAGAGCCUGUCGGAGGCUCCUGGCGCCCCGAACGUUUUCUACAAUCCCCAGGGUCCGAAUGCUCCCUAUACUCCGCCGAUAAACGCUCAUGUGCCGCCUUCACAGCCUUAUAGGCCUACUGAGUUGGAUGGAUACGCGACUCGUGAGAAGCAUUUCCAUGAGCUGGACACUUCAUGA